AAAGCAAAGCAACGAAGGCGGCACGGAAUCGUUUAUCAACUAUCAUAAACACUUCUUUCUUUUUACAAAAUAGAUUUAAACCUCUUUCGAAUAAAUAUGACUAAUGUUUUAUCAAAGAAAAAAAAGGACUUCCAAAUCUCGCUAGUACCAAGCGUCAACUUUUUAACUUUUUCGUUCCGCAACUCAGUUUUUCAGGAUCAAGAAGAACAAAUGAAGCAUUCCGUCCUCGAAAUCGAGGGGGCGGUUCUGGUUCCGAAAGAGCCAAGAUCCACAUUCAUUCAUUUCGAUUCUCAUUCCGCACGGAGUAUUCGGAGAAAGAUGUCGGACUUUAUCAAAGUACAUACUCAUCCUCGUUCAUAUUUGGUAUGGACGAGAAGCUGAAUACUCUAGUACAGUGGUCCGUUACAACGUUGGUUGGUGAGACAAAGUAUAUCACGGAUUGUAUCACGGUAGGUCUCACAUACGCAACGCAUUUAGCGCAUUCCAUUGAUCAAGGAAUUCAGCUCAGAGUCCUGAAUAUUAUCAAUGAAGCUGCAAAGUGCAUGAAGCAAGAUCAAUCAGCUGGUACAAAACGAUAAAAUAGUCUAUAAUGUACAAUCUACCUGAGUAUUAUAUCUACUUCGCCAACAUUUAUGCUCUACCUUUCGCCUUAA